AUGGUGGACAGUGCUGGUAUGGAAGCUGACAUCGAAACACAACCGCUUUUAGGUUCUUCCCCUUCACGACAAGUGCUUCACAGGGGUAGAAAAUCCAGAAGACGUUACUACACGUUUGGCAUUACCUCCAUUUUGGUCCUGCUAACUUUAGGAGCAUUUGUUUGGAGACCGAUACUCUCUUCACAGGUUGUAGUGGGUAAUGCAGUGCAGGUCUCUAACGUUGAAAUCUCUAAAGUUCACUUAGAUGGAUGGAAUUCAGAGGGUAAUCAGCUGCAGUUGACUACAAACUUGAAUUUUUGGGUAGACUAUGAGGAUUGGAUUGCUGGUAAUCAAUCCCAGCUGUCGCCAUGGCAGAAAGGCUUGAGUCGAUUCGCUAGUGAGAAAUUAGUAAGGACUGCCUGCUUUACAUUGAACAAUAUUACGAAUUAUGAUCAAAAUGGAACUGUAGCUUAUGUGACAGUUAAGGAACCUAUUUGUAUUGAUUUACGACAGGGCCAAAUCACUCCACUACAAUUAACGGUACUUGUGGAACCACGUAUUAGUAACAUAUUCAAAGUGAUUAAAAAAUUGGUUUUACACCAAUACGAUGAUUUGCAAAUUUCCUCUAAAGUGGAUGUUACCAUCGGUAAACGUGUUGCCAUGUUGCACAUACCUUUGGGUAGACUUAAAAAUUUGAAUAUCAAAUGGAAUCAGAUGCAAUCUUAUCUUCGCGGUGCAAGUGAGGUUUUAAACAGGCUACUGAGUAUGGUGAAUGAUGUUAGCAUCCAAGACUUCACCAUGAAAGAUUCCGAAAGUGGAUUUAGUUUUGAUGUAAGUGCUGAUCCACUUAGCAUUCCUACGGGUUUUGAUUGGUUUGGAUGGCCAAUAGAUUCUCAAAUUCCACAAAUUAAUUGGCAGGUAAAAUUACCUGACUGUGCCGACGAAUGUACCAUUGAACUACCAUCACUUACAUGUUUGAGUGAUGCUGUCAAAGUAGAGGAUCCAUUAAAAUUAUCUGCCUUUAUUGAUGUAAAGGGACCGCUACCAGAGAGUUUUCUCACACAAGUUUGCUGGUCAGACGAUGAGAAUGCUGUGACUCCCAUUACCAAUUUUUUAAACAGGUUACUAAACGCAUCGCAGAUGGUUCACAUAGAGGCCCAGGGUUAUCCAAUAACCAAUUCUCAUGAUAAUGAUAACAAUUUUUUAAUACCUCCUGAAACUCUCAAGAUCCUGUUGGAAGAAAUGUCAUUUAUCCCUCUGGCAGCUAAUAUGACGCUAGAUUCGAGAGAUUCUUUGCGAAGGGUCACUAUUGAUGGUCUAAGAAUCAAAUGGACCGCUGGCGGUCAUCGCUUGGUAGUAGCGGGCAAAAUGGUGGCCUUGGUUGGGUUACCUUUUUAUAAGACUAACGGCCAACAUAUGGCCGUAGAUCACAUAAAAGGUGUUAUAAAGCUGUUCCACGAUGACAUACAGUUCCUUGCCGUGCCGAUGAGAGUUUGGACACCAUCGACUUCGAAAAUUCUACACGAUGAGAAGAAACAGACGGUAAUUGAACUUCUAUUAGAUAUUCGUGACGAUGAAGUACAAGUGACAAACAGCAUGGAGCUUACGAGGGUCCUCAACGAAAUCAUUGUUAGAGGACACGCUGAAGUUCAAGUAUCUGCAAGACUCGACCUCCUAGUCAGUACGCCUUUAGGGGAACUAGCUCUUUUAGGUCUAAAAGAGCAGGGAAAUGCGAUCGUAAGGUCUUAA